GAGCCGUGGAGAUGUCUCGGAAGAGUCCCUUUGCCUCCUGGCUCUGUGCUAUGCUCCACUGCUUUGGGAGUUACAUCCUUGCUGACCUCUUGCUUGGAGAAGCACCAAUUGGUUACUUCAGUAACAACUCCAGUGUCAUCCUGGCCACAGCAGUCUGGUAUUUGAUAUUCUUCUGUCCCAUGAACCUCUUCUACAAGUGUGUCAGCUUCCUGCCCAUGAAGCUCAUCUUUGUGGCCAUGAAGGAGGUGGUCAGAGUUCGCAAGAUUGCAGCUGGAGUGCACCACGCUCACCACCAGUACCACCACGGGUGGUUCAUCAUGAUGGCCACAGGAUGGGUCAAAGGUUCUGGUGUGGCCUUGAUGUCUAACUUUGAGCAACUGCUGCGUGGGGUCUGGAAACCAGAGGCAAACGAGAUUCUCCAUAUGUCCUUCCCUACAAAGGCCAGUCUGUAUGGCACAGUCCUCUUCACCCUGCAGCAGACUCACUGGCUCCCCAUCUCUGAAGCCAACCUCAUCUUCUUUUUCACCAUGUUCAUGAUAGUUUGCAAGGUUUUCAUGACGGCGACUCACUCUCAUGCCUCACCCUUUGCUCCUCUGGAAAACCUCAUCUGCCCAGUUCUCUUUGGCACUGUCUCCAGUGCUCACUCAAGCCACCACCACGAGCACCACGGGGCCUCCCACGAGGUUUCCCACCCACCCCCUCCUCCUGCAAAAUCUAAAGAGGAGUUAAACGAAGGCACAAGGAAACGGAAGGCAAAAAAAGCUGAAUAAAAAAGCAACGACGCAGAAAAUAGGCCAAGAAAAUUCUUCCAGAGCUGAGUCUCCAAGCCACCUGUGACCUCCUUUAUGCUCCAGUCCUUCUCUCUCAGUCUCCAGAGGAGAGGUGGAAGCCAGGACACUGCCAGGCCGGUCCCUGAAUCUCGUUUUGCUCUC